CAAGACUAGAAUUAUAAGAAUAGUUGUAGAAGCUAGUGGAUGAUAGUUUCUCGUUUCCUGUGCCAGCUUAAACCAAAAACUUUUAUCACUGUUUGAUAAGUCGUUGAUUUUCUACCGAUUUCACGAAAAAAAAAUUUUCUAAUUACAACAAAAGUGUAAUUUAGAAAAAAGAAUAAACGAUGUUUUCGUUUCAAAGAAAAUAAAUGUGCCUUUUAUAAAUAUUUUCAAUUUUCAAGUUUUUACCAUUAAUAAUCACCAUCAAAUCGCUUAUAUACUGGACCAGAGCUUUAAUUAAUCCGCAGAAAACCACAGGAAAAUGGAACAUCUAGAUCCAUUUUACAGAACUCUCUGUUCUUCGGAGACGUUGCGUUCGAGUAAAAAAGGAUUUUUCGCUGAAUUUAGUGAAACUGUGAUGGAACAAGCGGGUGAAACGUGGAUUCAAAAGAUUUUUGGUAAACUUGAAAACGACGAUGAUAGAAUAUCAGCAAUUUUCAAUGAUACAAAAGUGAAAAAUAUUGUACUUGACACUUUAAAAAGAAUAAUCCACUUUUACCGUGAUAAGGAUGCGACAAUUUCGAAAGAGAAAAGAGUUGAAGGCUUACGAUUGUCUGCUUUGGAUGAACAUGAAAAAGCUCUUAUGCUAUUGAGUCAAGCAGUUCUCAGAGCACCAACAACAGGUAAAAUCCCGGCGAUCGAUGAAGGGUUCAGUUUACCUUUUGCACUUAUUGCCAGAGCCGAUAUUCUUAUAACUCUUGGCGAAUAUGAUUUGGCUUUUGAGGACUUACAAAUGGCUGACGAACAACCUCUUAAUAAAGCAAUAAAAGAAAAAUUGCAACAAAAACGAAACGAAUAUCGGAACCAUUUAGAAAAAUUGAAGAAAUCUCUGGUUUUACCGAAAAAUAAAAGAGAGAGCAAAUCUGGAAAGCUUCCAGAUUUGACUGCUGGCGAAAAUCCAAGUCUUCCUGCAGCGUCGAAUCUUUUAAAAAUUCAAGAAACUACUUUUGCUGGUCGUCAGGCAGUGGCAGCCAUGGAAAUUAAUCCCAAUGAUACAUUGGCAGUGGAAUCACCAUUAGCUUCCUGUUUGUUACCUGAAUUCUAUGGUUCACAUUGCCAAAAUUGUUUCGCAAGGUUGAGAGCUCCAGUAGGAUGCCCUGACUGCAGCAGUGUGGCUUUCUGUGGACGAAAAUGCAGGGACCAAGCACUUUCGUCUUAUCACAAAUACGAAUGUAAAGUUCUUGCUCUUUUAAUAGGGUCUGGAAUGAGUGUACUCAGUACUCUUGCAUUUAGAAUGGUGUCUCAGGAAGGUUUGGAGAAAUGUUUGAAGAUGUACGAAAAAGUAAAUACAAAAAACGAGGAAAACAUUUCAACAACAGCAGCUAAUGUCGAGAAAUUCACAAAAAUGAGUAAAUCGGCUAAACGAAGAUUGCGGAAAAAGAAAUUAAAGGAAUCAAGUCAAAAUGCAACAGAAGAAGAUAGUGUUACUUCAAAUGAAAGCAGUGAUGAAAAUUUAUUGGAUAUUAGAGCAUACGAUUUAGUAAUGCUUUCAUCUAAACGAACAGCUCAAGACUUUUUAGAGAGAACGAUAAUGGCUUCAUUUUUACUAAAAUGCUUACAAUGCGUUGGGUUUUUCAAAAAUCCAUCUAAACCGAACGAGCCUCCGAGCAAUGAAGAAACCAAAGUAGGAUCGUUGCUCCUGAAAAACCUUCAAGUUCUUCAAUUUAAUGCUCACGAGGUUUUCGAAACUCGCCUAGGAAACCAGCAUCGCUUUCGGGGAAGUAAACCUGUUUACAUUGGAGUUGCUAUUUACCCAACAGUAGCUCGAUUCAAUCACGAAUGUUAUGGGGCUGUUACAAGGUAUUUUGUUGGUCGGAAUAUUGUGAUAAAAGCAUUGAGAACUCUAAAGCCCGGCGAAGUUGUGGCGGAAAACUAUGGACCAAUAUUUACAAAGAGAAACCUCAUGGAUAGACAAAGGACUCUUGGUGGCAGAUAUUGGUUUCAAUGUUCGUGCAUUGCAUGUCGAGAAAACUGGCCGACAUUUGAAAAUAUGACUGCGGAUUCAGUCAGACUAAAAUGUCCGACGCAAAAUUGUGAUAAACUAUUCGGCCAACCACGUGAAAAAAAUAAGUUAGUGAAAUGUUCAGAUUGUCAGAAGAAGGUGAAUCUCGACAGUCGAUUAGACGAAUUAACCAAGUGCUUAACACUUUAUACGGAAGGUUUAGAUUUAAUGGAAUUGGAGAAACCCGAAGAUGCUGUAAAUAAAUUCACAGAGGCAUUAAAGAUUUUUCACAAAAUUGCGUCACCACCUCAUAGAAUGACACAUUUAGCAGAAAUUGCCAUGGCAACUUGUAUGGCUGACGGUGGAAAUACUUGGAGACCAAGCUCUUUCAAUGUAUAAUAAUCCACUUGAGAACGAAAUGAAAUGUUUUAAAAUUUACAGACUUUAAUUUAAUAUUUCAAAUAUUUCAAAUAUUUUCACAUGUACGAGAUUAAUUUUUUUUUAUCAUUUAAAACAUUAUGAGUAAGUUUAUUCAACGAAAUUUUAAAUGUUUAUUGUAUAAUAAUAAUUAUAUUAAAAUUAAUGAAAAAAUUAUAUGAAAUAUGAAAAUAAUAAAUGAAAAAAUAGUAUAUGAUGAAACGAGAAUUAAGAAGAACGAAAAUAAAAAUUUCUAAGUACAGUUUUAAGUUUGAAAUCUGGUCCAUUAUGAAAUGGGGAUGAAUAAUUUGAUGUGAAAUCCUUCAUUCAGAAUCUCUUUGAAUUCGCGGAACAAUAGAAAAGCCUAUAUUGUGGUCGAACAGAUAUUUCAGAGCAUUAAUUUAUUAUCUGCAAAUUUAUAAAUUCAGAAGCAGAACAAUGAUCGCUGUAUUGUAUUCUAGAAUAAACAGAAACAAAAUUUAAAAAAAAGACAUCAGAGUAACCACAAAACAUGGAUUUUAAAAUUCCACGACUUUUCCAGGUUUUCCAGAC